UGCGAGCUUCGAGGAGGAGCAGGUGCGAGCUGUGGCCCGGGAAGGCGCCACGGAGAGGUGACUUUGGGGCCGAAACUCGAGUGACUUCCAGGGGAAAGUUUAUAUGGACUAUAAUGCAACCACUCCCCUGGAGCCAGAAGUUAUCCAAGCCAUGACCGAGGCCAUGUGGGAAGCCUGGGGCAAUCCCAGCAGCCUGUAUCCAGCAGGAAGAAAGGCCAAGGAUAUUAUAAAUGCAGCCCGGGAAAGCCUCGCGAAGAUGAUAGGGGGGAAACCUCAAGAUAUAAUCUUCACUUCCGGGGGCACUGAGUCAAAUAAUUUAGUAAUCCAUUCUGUGGUGAAACAUUUCCACGCAAACCAGACCUCAAAGGGACACGCGGGUGGGCACCACAGUCCAGUGGAGGGGGCCAAGCCCCAUUUCAUUACUUCCUUGGUGGAACACGACUCCAUCCGGCUGCCCCUGGAGCACCUGGCGGAAGAACAAGUGGCAGCGGUCACCUUUGUCCCUGUGUCCAAGGUGAGCGGGCAGGCAGAGGUGGAUGACAUCCUCGCAGCUGUCCGCCCGACCACACGCCUUGUGACCAUCAUGCUGGCCAACAAUGAGACCGGCGUUGUCAUGCCUGUCCCUGAAAUCAGUCAGCGCAUUAAAGCCCUGAACCAGGAACGGGUGGCAACUGGGCUGCCUCCCAUCCUUAUGCACACAGAUGCUGCACAGGCCUUGGGGAAGCAGCGCGUGGAUGUGGAGGACCUGGGCGUGGACUUCCUUACCAUCGUGGGCCACAAGUUUUAUGGUCCCAGGAUUGGCGCACUUUAUGUACGAGGACUUGGUGAAUUUACCCCUCUCUACCCUAUGCUGUUUGGAGGUGGACAAGAACGGAAUUUCAGGCCAGGGACAGAGAACACCCCAAUGAUUGCCGGCCUUGGGAAGGCCGCGGAGCUGGUGACCCAGAACUGCGAGGCUUACGAGGCCCACAUGAGGGACAUCCGCGACUACCUGGAGGAGAGGCUGGAAGCUGAAUUCGGUCAGAAGAGAAUCCAUCUGAAUAGCCAGUUUCCAGGGACCCAGCGGCUUCCCAAUACCUGCAACUUCUCCAUCCGGGGACCCCGGCUUCAAGGCCACGAGGUGCUUGCGCAGUGCCGAGUGCUGCUGGCCAGUGUGGGGGCCGCGUGCCACUCGGACCAUGGGGACCAGCCGUCCCCAGUGCUGCUGAACUACGGCAUCCCCUUCGACGUGGCCAGGAACGCGCUCCGCCUCAGCGUGGGCCGCAGCACCACCAGGGCCGAAGUGGACCUCGUCGUGCAGGACCUGAAGCAGGCCGUGGCGCAGCUGGAGAACCAGGCCUAGCGCCAGGGCCGCCCUCCCCGCCCUGCUUCUAGGAAGCCCGUGGCAGGGCACAGAAUUGUCCCUCCAGUUCCCUCCUGAGGGCUGUGCCAGGAUGACUGUCUCAUGCCCCCUCUGCAUUCUGUCCUGGAGUGCCUGCAAGUGUGCACCCCCAGUUUCCUUCCCUGGAUCCCUGCAGAGCUCACAGGGCCCAGGACACCAAUGCCACAUAGGAACGCCCACAUAGGAACUCCCAUAUAGAACCGUCC